AUGCGCCAGCUUUUAUUUCUACUCCUGCUAGCAGGAGGCCUAUUGGCCGAGACGCCGUUAUGCCGAAUCGGCGAUGAUUGCGACGCGGCGUCGGCGAGAUGCCGAAUUCCGCAGCAGGGCGACGCGUGCGCCGAUGAGACGACCAUCGAGUCGUUGUACUGCGAUCUUGCCACUAAUAAGACGGAUAUGCAUGAGAACGCAUUUUUGAUUUGCAAUCUGGUGAAGAAGGAGAUUGAGCGCAAACUGUGCGCUAAAGGCCAAUUCUUCAUCGACGGCAAAUGUCGAACCGGCAACGUUCGGUACAAGCGGCAAGGUGUCGCCGGAUCCGGAAGAGUCGGCGACUUCUGCAGCUUCAACACCGACUGUCUUACGGGAAUGUUCUGCUCGACGGGCUCAUGCACAUGCUUGUCCAACUUCGUCGCCAUCCAGGGCUAUUGCUAUCUGAAGAAGAAUCCUGGCGAGUCUGGCUGCCAGUACGCCGAACAAUGUUCAGCAGUCUGGCCGGAAUCACGAUGCGAGAAGUCACGCUGCGAAUGCCCUGAAGACGUCAACGGCAUUCCAUACGUUCAAGCCAAAACGAGAGACGGAGUCGUGUGUGUUCUUCAUUCUGGAGAAGACGGCGAUCCGGUGCCAAAGUGCCCGCUGCCAGAAUACGACGACGACCUUCUCACAAUGCCCGUCUCGCAGCUUCGCAAUCCACACAUGACCGAUCCUGACGACGCCGACAUUCAGAUGGGCGAACACAUCAAUCCGCUUCAAUUCUGCUCGUCGCAAUCCACCGACUACACCACGUUCGUCGCCAAUGGUGGCGGUGCUUGCGCCUACGCAACCGACGCCAACAAUGGUGGAGAGGGCAUCUACAUCGCUGACAUCUAUGAUUGCGUCACCUCGACGACGUCAAUGGCGAAUGUGAAGACUGCGAUGGAAGGCGUCUACGACAUCCAUCCAGCCGCUGACGGAAUCUGUUGCCCGAAUCGAGCGUUCACUUGCAUUCAACCAAAGAGAGAAGCUGAUUCGGGAUCGGCCGCGCCUGCCGGUGUCAGACCUCGCUGGUGGUACAAUGCUGUCACGGGAACCUGCGAACAAUUCAUGUGGGAUCCGUGGGAUGAGACGGAGAUGCAAUCGCCGAACAACUUCAAGACCAGGGAGCACUGUGAAUCCUACUGUAGAGACACUUGCAAGCGCGGAAGCCCGCAGUACCUGACAGGAGCCACACAGAACGAGGACGAGCCGGUCAACAACUGCCAGACGGCUUCCUCUUGCACCUCGAACUUUGAGUGCACCUCGAUCGGCAGCAUGCAGCUGUGCUGCCCGACCGUCGCCAGCGUGUGCAGCAAUUCCGGCGGACGACCUUUGGACCUCAUCCGAUCGACCAACUUCGACGCCGGCGUUCUCAUGAAGCGCACGUUCUCGAUGACAUUCUCGACGAGCAGCCGCUACUACUACGACGCCGAACAGGGCCGAUGCAUCGCGUUCACCUACAACGGCGCGUUGGGCAACUUCAACAAUUUCAAAUCGUCAGCGGACUGCGAGCUGUUCUGCGCGAAGCUCCAAUGCAAGUACGGCACGCCGCUGAAGAUUGGCGCGUCGAAUCAACGAUGCUCGGCGAACGCCGACUGCCCGAGCACACACGAAUGCCAAAGCGAUCACAAUGUGUGCUGUCCGAGACCACAAGCAAUUUGCUCGCAGCCACUUCGCCUGGGCGAUUGCAAGCAGUCGGUGCGACGCUACUGGUACAACGCCGUCACGAGAGCCUGCGAGAUCUUCGACUACACUGGCUGCCAGGGCAAUGACAACAACUUUGAGACGCUGCUCGAAUGCCAGAACACGUGCGAGAACAUCAUUCCGGAGCCGCAGUGUCCGCAAGGCGACGCCUACAAGGACUACCAGGGCAACUACUACGUGUGCUCGAACUCGGGAGCCGGCAACUCGUGCCCGGUCAACUAUGAAUGCUACUUCGACGGAUAUGUGUGGGGCUGCUGCCCGACGAAGGCCUACACGUGCACACUGUCGCCGCACAAGGGAGUCACGUGCGGAUCGGGCUCCUCGUACCGCUACUUCUACAAUUCGCAGACGCAGGAAUGCGAGUCGUUCCAGUACAACGGAUGCGACGGAAACAGCAACAACUUUGCCACACGCGAGGACUGCGAGGGAUAUUGCGGCGUCGGAGGAUGUCCGAACGGCGGAACCCCCGAGCGAAACGAGUUCGGCCAAUUGAUGGUGUGCUCGGCGACCCAAAUCUGUCCAGGAACCCACGAGUGCACGUCGGUCAAUUCCGGCUCAAGCGUCGUGAAUCGCUGCUGUCCAACUCGCGCCCACAUCUGCUCGCUGCCUCCACAACAAGGCUCGUCGUGCUCAUCGUCGGCCGCCGCGCGAUUCUACUUCAACAUCGUCACCAAGGAGUGCACCCAGUUCACCUACAACGGCUGCUCGGGAAAUCUCAACAACUUCGCCACCCUCGAACAGUGCAACAAUUUCUGUUUGUCGGCCGCCUGCACGCCGGGCGACGUCGCCUACGUCAAUCCGAACACCAACAUGCCGUAUGAGUGCAAUGCCGCGCUGUCGAACAGUUGCCCGACCAAUUUCGCGUGCACCUACGAUCAACUCAGCGGCAAUUCGGUGUGCUGCGGUGCGACGAAUAUGGACGUGUGCCCCGAAGGCGAGAAGGCGUACGUGAACGCCGCCGACAUGGGCGUUCGCGAAUGCUUGAUCAAUGUCGAAGGAAGCUGCCCAUCCAACUAUUUGUGUCGAUUCAACGCCAUGAAGAAUCGCUACUAUUGCUGCGCGUCCAUCACCGGCGACCUCUGCCCAUCGGGCAAGGCGCUCUACAGAGAGCCGUCAUCGAAGAGCCCGAUUCGCUGCACGAUCAGCAGCAACAGCAAUCAAUGCCCGAACGGCUAUUCGUGUCAAUCGGACGUGCCUGGCGCAUUCCAGGGAUACUGCUGCUCAGCGAACCAUUUGUGUCCGAACAAGGCCGAAUUCUAUUUGGAGGAAUCGUCGCAGAUGCCGCGAUCGUGCACAGUCGGCGCGUUCAUCACGUGCCCGAACGGCUAUUCUUGCCAGAGCACACAGAACGAGUUCACGACUGGCUAUUGCUGUAAGGGUGAGGUGGCGAGUGUUUCGGAUGGCUGCCCACCGAACGAGUACGUCUACAUGAAGGAUAAUCAGAUCGCGCCGUGCGAUCCGUUCAAUCCGCCGAACGCGCCGUGCCCCAAUGGAUACUCGUGCCAAUGGUCGCUGGCCAAUCAACGCUACCAGUGCUGCGGAGCGACGCCGAUCACGACGCCCAAAUCGAUCGCCGCGUUGGGAUGCCCGAACAAUCAAGUGGCGUACCGCGAGCACGCGACCAACGCUCCAAGGAUCUGCACGGCCGCCUCGCAGAACUGUCCGACCGGCUACUUCUGCCAAUUCUCGAUUGCCAACAAUCAAUUCCAAUGUUGCGGAAUGUCGGGCGGCUGCCCGAACGACUCGGUCGCCUUCAUCGGCAUCACUGGAGAGCCGCAAUCGUGCGCCAUCGGACAGAGCACCUGCCCGCCAGGCUACUCUUGCCAGAGAAGCAUCACUGGCUCCCAGUUGUGCUGUACCACCAAUGAGGAGCCGAAGAAGGAGUGCAGCGAGAAGCAGGUUGAAGUCGAAGGCGCCUGCCUUGACAAGAAGUCGCUGGGCGAACCCUGCAGCAAUCAAGUUCAAUGCCCAUCUGGAGCCGUGUGCCGUGAUUCGGUGUGCUCCUGCCCUGAAGGACACCAUCAGCUGAACGGAAUCUGCCAAGCGGAUUGCGCCGAGACGGAGGUCGAGGUUAACGGCAAAUGCAUUCCGAAGGCGCUCAUCGGAGAAGCCUGCGAAGCCGACGAACAAUGCCAAGGGGGAAGCUCGUGUCAGGAAGGAUCGUGCACGUGUCCGGAAGGAGAGGAAGCCGUCGAAGACGUGUGCAUGAAGAAGAUGUCGCGCCCAAUGUCGACGUGCCCCAUCCCAGGCCAAAUUCCCUAUUUGGAGGUGCGCACGAAGAACGCGCGAUUCUGCAAUCCAUCGAGACCCAACUGCCCGCGCGGGUACAGCUGCCAAUUCUCGCAGACCGCCCAGCAGAACAUCUGCUGUGGAGGCGGCAAGGCGUCAAGCAUCAUCGACGCCGAGAAGAAGAAGGGAACGUUCAGCUCGAGGACCGGCGACAAGAAGGUCGACGACAAUGUGUGCGAUCGCGGCAACGCCUACUUUGUGAACGGCGCGCCGAAGCAGUGCACCGCCUCGCCGUGUCCCAGCGGCUUCAAGUGCACGUUCUCGAAGAAGAGCAAGAACUACUAUUGCUGCUCGUCGGGACCAUCGCCGCCAUUGAUCAGCAAGCCGGCGGCGGGCUCGAACGGUUGCGCCACCGGCAACGCGCUGCUGUUCCCAUCGACAGGCACACCGGUGCAGUGCUCGAACACCGGCGCCAACUCGUGCCCGGCGGGAUACAAGUGCCAGAAGAGCACGACGUCGCCGAGGUACCAGUGCUGCAGCACUGGCGACGAGGAGCCCGAGGAGAAGACGAGAGGACGACCGGUGGGAAGGCCGAUCAAGAAGGAGAGCAGCGUCGCGCAAGGACCAUGUCCCAAUGGACAGGUUCAGGUUCUUCGAAUCGUCGGCGAGCGGAUUGUGAAGAAGUGCGAGGAGAAGUGCCCACCACAUCAGGUCGCUGUUCGCGGUAUUUGUCGAGACAAAUACCUUGCAGAUGCUCCAUUGAACAACGAAAUUUAA